CAUAUUAAGUUCAAUGAUACCAUUACAUCUGUUGUAUUUAAGGAAAACAUCGUCGAUCGAUGUAUAUAUCUGAAGAUUAUUGGGAGUAAGUUUAUAAUUUUAGUUCUGUAUGUUGAUGAUAUCUUGCUUGCUACUAAUGAUCUUGGUUUAUUACAUCAAACCAAGGAGUUUCUCUCUAAGAAAUUUGAAAUGAAGGAUUUGGGUGAGGCAUCCUAUGUGAUUGGAAUAGAAAUAUUUCGUGAUAGAUCACAAUGAAUGUUGGGAUUGUCUCAGAAAUCAUACAUUAACCGGAUUCUAGAGAGAUACAACAUGGCUGAAUGCUCUGCAAAUGUUGUUCCAAUUCAGAAGGGAGAUAAAUUUAGUCUCAAACAAUGUCCAAAGAAUGAAUUGGCACGCAAGCAAAUGGAACACAUUCCUUAUGAAUCUAUUGUUGGAAGUUUGAAUUAUGCACAAACUUGUACCAGACCAGACAUACAACAUGGCUGAAUGCUCUGCAAAUGUUGUUCCAAUUCAGAAGGGAGAUAAAUUUAGUCUCAAACAAUGUCCAAAGAAUGAAUUGGAACGCAAGCAAAUGGAACACAUUCCUUAUGAAUCUAUUGUUGGAAGUUUGAAUUAUGCACAAACUUGUACCAGACCAGACAUCAGUUUUGUUGUCGGAAUGCUGGGCAGGUAUCAACGUAAUCCAGGAGUAGAUCAUUGGAAAGCUGCAAAGAAGGUACUAAGGUAUUUGCAAGGAACAAAAGGCCACAUGCUCUCCUUUAGGAGAUCUGAUCACCUUGAGGUGAUUGGAUAUUCAGAUUCAGAUUAUGCUGGAUGUGUAGACACCAGGAAGUCUACUUUUGGCUAUUUGUUCCUUCUAGCUGGAGGGGCAAUUUCAUGGAAGAGUGCGAAGCAGUCUGUUAUUGCCACAUCCACUAUGAAAGCUGAAUUCAUAGCUUGUUAUGAAGCUACGAAUCAUGAUUUAUGGCUGCGGAAUUUUAUUUCUGGACUUGGAAUUGUCGACACUAUCGCCAAGCCGCUGAAAAUUUACUUUGAUAAUUCCACAGCGGUAUUUUUCUCUAAGAAUGACAAGUAUUCUAAGGGUGCUAAGCAUAUGGAAGUGAAAUACUUUGUCGUUAAGGAAGAAGUUCAGAAACAAAGGGUGUCGAUCGAGCAUAUUAGCACACAACUUAUGAUUGUUGAUCCAUUAACAAAAGGAUUACCUCCUAAGACAUUUACUGAACAUGUCGAAAGGAUGGGGAUUAUAGGAAGUCAUGACUAAAGUUAUUUUAUGUUUCAUGGAUUGAUACUUUGAGCUCAUUUAUUUUGUUUCUGGAAUAAAGUUAUCAAUCUUGUUUUAUAUAUUAUGAUCAGUAUAUAUACAUUAUGAAUUAUGUGGACAUAACAAGAUUUUUGUCUUUAGGAAAGACAUUAUUGUUGGACCAUUAUGAAUACCUUGUUAUGUGUCAUAUUGAGCAUGAAACUGGUUUUGUGGUACAUGGAAGGGACUAUGUCGAUAAAUUGAUAUAGAACCGCCAUGAUCCUAAUCUAGCUUUCAUACUUGAUUAUGACUUUAUGGUGAACCAAAUAUUAUGGAUUUAUCUUAUGAUGUGCACACUUAUGUUUAUUAUUAGAUCUUGUGAUAUAUAAUGACACAUGGGCCAAGUGGGAGAAUGUAAGCCCAAUUCCCGUAUAGAUCACUAGGGAAUAAUUGUGGCCCAAGUGUAAUUAUCACUUAAUGGUUUGAUAGAUAAGGUAAGUCAUAUAUUGGUUAGGUAAUGAAAGGUAAUUUCCUAA